AAACAGGUCUUUCAUAUGUCUAUUCUCAACUCACCAUAUCCAAACUCAAUAUUUACACUAAUUCAUGUCACCUAAAGCAUUGGUUUGGCAAAUAUGCCAAUAAUAAUUAGAUGAAAGAUCCUUAUUCUCCAUGACAGAUGGGAUAUACCCUCACAUUCCACAACUAACAAAUUUCACAGCCAAAAAAGCCCAUAACAUUUCACCCACUUAUCAUUUCCUUGGCCACUAUAUAACCCCAAUCCUUCAUACAUCCCACACAGCAAACACAAAUUGCAAGAACCAUUAGUUCCAAUCAUUCACAUUCUUCCAGAAUCAUCAAAUUAAAGACAUCUACAGGCUUGACUUGGAAACUGAAAGAUGAAACAAGCAACCCUUUUCUCCAUCUCACUCUUGCUACUCCUUUCCUCCACCACCUUGGCCAUUUCACCUGCACCUGCAGCAGCCCCUAAAGCCCCUGCAGCAAAAACUCGCCCUACCCCAAAGGCUGCAGCACCAUCACCAAAACCAUUAGUCCCCACAUUACCUCAGUCUCCAGACUCUCCUGACUCAGUCCCUGAUGACAUCACCAGAAUUCUCAAAAAGGCCAAAACGUUCUCAGUCCUAAUCCGGCUCCUAAAAACCACCGAAAUCAUGAACAACAUAAACUCACAGCUCAUAACAGCCAAGAGUGGUGGCAUAACCAUCCUUGCACCAGAUGAUUCUGCCUUUUCCAACCUCAAAGCAGGCUUCCUCAACUCUUUAAACGAAGGCCAGAAAAUAGAACUUGUGCAGUUCCACAUAUUGCCAGAAUUUGUGUCCAGCUCUAACUUUGAUUCUCUAAGCAACCCUGUGCAGACAGUGGCUGGAAAAGACCCUGCAAGGCUUCCACUGAACGUGAAUGCAUUAGGUAACAGUGUCAACAUUUCAACUGGGGUAGUCAAUGCCACAGUUCUGGGGGUAGUCUACUCGGAUAAUAAACUUGGCAUAUAUCACGUGGACAAGGUGCUUCUUCCUCUAGAUUUCUUUUUAACCAAUAAAGCUCCAGCUUUGGCUCCAACAACUCUUGCAAAGGCUCCCAAAGCUGCUAAGGAUAACUCUUCUGAGGAUGAUCAAGAUGAAACAAAUCAGGAUCAAAAUAAAUCUGGGGCAGUGAAUUUGGUUAGCAUUAGCGGAACAACGUUGAUGUCACUUGGGAUAGCUUUGGUGGCAUUGGCAACCAUGUGGAGUUGAGCCAUUUGGAAACUUCUAUUUCAGUUACUUCAUGUUUUUUUGCUUUUUUUUUUUGUGUUUAAAUUUUGCUACGUGUUUGUGGUUUCUUGUGUAUUGGUGUCAUGGAAAGGGCAAGAAUCCUUGAAAUGAAUGAUUAACGAUUCUGCUGUUGAACCAUAAUUGAUUUGUUCCUAACAUUAUGGGUUAUAUAUUAUGGAAGGACAGAAAUCAAUUCAUCUUUCAUAACUCCCAAAAUUUUGAAACCAAGUGUCUGUGUUUUACAGCUAACAAGGGAUGGAAUGAGGAUAACAGAAACAAUGGAGAUAUUGGGAAAGGCUUUAUCACUUGGCAGGCUCUCCCUGUUGGAUAUCUGAAGUGCUU